UGUGCGUGUGAUGACGCGCGUGCGACCGAGCGGCGCUGCGCUCGGCUAGCAGCGGCAGCGGCAGGAAGUACGCUGCUGAAGCGGCGGCAGGGGGACCGAGCCAACAACCAAAAGUCGGUGAUGAGCAGGGGAGGAAAAAUAAUCAUGCCUAAUCCGUGAAAGUGGCUCAUUUUGCAUCUCCGCGCCGUGCAUCGUUCACCCUGCGGGCGCAGAGGCCAUUUGAGGGUGAUACCUCAUUGGCCGGUGUGACCCCCGCAGGCCUGCCACCUCCCGGGGUGGGUCCUGAUUGACCUGCGCUGACGGCUCCCAGGGAGAAAAUGGCCUCCACUGCUGCCCUCAGCUAAAGAGCUAAGCCCUACAGUUUCCUCCCCCACCUCCUCAACAUCACUGUUCAUUGCUCUGUUGUGAACCGUGAUUCCCUCCAAACGAUUUGCUUUAGAGUACUAUGGCAAUGCAUGAUAUGAGUCGUGCCAAGGGUUUCCCCUGUAAAGAAUGUGAUAUGGUUUGCCCGAGUACUCCAAGUCUUCUAGAACAUAUGAAAGCACAUUAUCAGCAAGAAGAGACCGGUCGUUUUGAGUGUGAACAGUGUGGACGAAUUUAUAAACACGCAGCUAGUCUAGCCAAUCAUAAAAAAUCUCACGAAGUUGGAUCAUUCCAGUGUCCUGUUUGUACACGUACGCUGCCUAAUGCAGUAGCUUUGAAAAAUCACUUACGGAUCCAUACUUUAUCCCCUAGUAGUGCACACACAGAGGAAGAAAGCGAGGAAGUGCCCGAAGAAGCCGGCCACGACGAGAGGGACUACGGUCUCACCCAGGACCUCUCGGACGGGUUUGGGCGCUCCCAUUUGAACAAUAGUGGUAUGGGACAUAGUGUCCUGCAAAGCCACGAGACAGACGAACACGGAAAAAAAGGCUCCCCUGAAUCUGACGACGCUUGGGACAGACCUUUCAAGUGUGAUCAGUGUGACAGAACUUACCGGCACCACGGUAGCCUGGUGAACCACAAGAAGUGUCACCAACAAGGAACUUUUAAGUGCUCUGUGUGUUUCAAACAAUUUGGCAACCUGGCUGCCUUAAACAGCCACGAGAGAACUCACUCGAAGUUCAAGACCCCUGGGGCCUCAAUGGUGAGCAGCAGCAGUAGCAGCAGCAGCCUCCACGACUCGGAGCGCAGCACUGGCACUCAGUCCUCUCAAAGUGAAGACACUACCACCUGUUUCUGCCACCUCUGCCAGGUAGCGCUGCCAAAUAAGGCAGAUUUCCAAGAACACAUUCUGCUGCACAACACUGCUUCACCUACCCUCAGCCUGCCACGGAGUUUUCCAGGCAUCAUGCCUCAUAAUCUGAGUGCUGUUCGAUCCCCGGCAUACACGCCGGCGCUGGGGGACCCUCUGCCUCUGCCUCUGCCACCAGUGCCGACUGAGAAGAGGGGCCCCUAUGACCCCAUUAUGGGCCCUCCAGUCAACAACCCCAUCUAUACAUGUGCAUACUGUGGCGCAGGACACCCAGAUCUGGAGACACUGAAAGUCCAUUAUCUAACUCAUGAUCCCCACCCUCCCUCCCAUAGUCAGGACAGCUCCAUCCUCAACUCGGAGACUCUAAGUUCUGGAUCCCAGAGCUCGGUGGCCUCCCCGUCAGGAGGUCGUGUGCCCCAGGCUAAUUCUCCAGAUGAUGAAGAGCGGCGCUUUAAGUGUGGGGAGUGUGGCAAAAGUUACCGGCAUGCAGGAAGCCUGGUCAACCACAAACGCUGCCACCAAACGGGCCACUACCAGUGCACCAUCUGCUGUAAGCAGUACCCUCACCUGGCAGCACUACAUAGCCACCUACGAAGCCACAAGGGUCGUCCUUCCAAUCAGCCUAUUAACAAUGACAGCAACGACUGGCUAUCCCCAGAGCCCCUGACUCUGGACUCGCAGCAGAGCUACGUCCAGGAAGGUAGUGGUGCCACCACUCCAAUCUCCCUGCCAGGAAAUCUCGGCGAAGCUGCCCACUUUGUACCAGAUGGAGGCCACAGCAGUGGGCUAGACUCUCUUGAGUUCCAUGAUCGCUUUGAUGGCAGCUCACUCUCCCAGAGCAGCUCUGCUCACCGGCAAGCCGACCGACACGUAUGUGCCGACUGUGGUGAGAUGUAUGGCGAUGUGUCUGGCAUCAAGUCGCACAUGUGUCCCCGCCGUGGCCAGCAGCAGCAGCAGGCCAAUAUGUCCAAUGGUUUUAUGGGGAAUAUGAACUACCAUAGCUCCAGUGGAACCUCGCUGCCUGCUGGAAGCUCCAGCAGCCUGAAAGAAGGCGGCAGUCAACGACAGUAUCCUCAAAGUGGAGGCAAGAGAAUGGGAAGCAAUGACAAAGAUGACGAUGAUGAUGGAGAGGUGUAUCAGUGCUCAGUUUGUGGCAACCACUAUGCUAGUUUGAGAGCUCUCAGAAGUCACCUGCGUAGUCAUGCCAACAACCCCACAGGGCCAGGACCCUCCAACCUGCAGCAGGACUGGAGGAUGAUCUGCUGUACCUGUGGCCAGACUUUUGCCAGAAAGCAGGAUCUCCUGAAUCAUCAGUUAAUCCAUGGGCCCCAAAGGCCAGAUGGUCAGCAACAGGGUAUUGCAGGGAGUUCAGCCAACGGCAACGAAAAGAUGGAUGGCCGGAGCCACAUUUGUGUUGACUGUGGUAUGUUUUUCGCCGAUCGCCACCAUCUGAUCACCCACCUGUGCCCUGGGAAGAAUCGAGGUAACUCGAUGAACAAGCCCGGCCUAAAUGGAGCCAAAGGGAUGUCUGGAGGAGAGGGCGUUGGCGGUGGUGUCGCUGGAAGAAGUUGUGACGUUGGCGCAGAUGGACGUAGGCCAAUGGUCGAUCAGAGUGACAAGCCCCACAAGUGUGACCAAUGUGGGCGAGGAUACAGACACCCAUGCUCUCUCCUUAACCACAAGAAGUCCCACAAGACCGGUGUUUUCCGUUGCCUUGUCUGCCAAAAACGUUACUACAACCUGCUGGCUCUCAAGAAUCACCAAAGGACCCACUUUGACUUAAAGAGGCACAAGUGUGAAGAAUGUGGCAAAGCCUUCAAGAUCCAAAAGCAAUUGAUCAACCAUCUCCGUCUCCAUGAAGAACACCGAGCCAAAGGCCUUGUUCGGACCGGCCCAAACGGUUCCCGCUUCCAGCAGCCUGACCCAUCUCAAAUGCAGACUAUGAGAGGGGAGCCAUCGAAGGGCCAGGUGAUGGGGGUCAAAUACAGCCACCAAGGGUUCAAAAAGCCCUAUUCGUCAGCCGGUACUUCCAGACCCCAGAAGUUUGAUCCUGCCGAAAGUGCACGGCGGCCGUUUGCCUGUGAAGAAUGUGGAAAGACUUACCGCCAUGCGGGCAGCCUGGCCAAUCACAAGAACCUUCACAAAAUUGGAGAGUACCACUGCAAUGUUUGCAACUCUACAUAUCCGAACAGGCUUGCAAUGAAAAACCACCUUCGUCUCCAUUUUGCACAAAAGAAGCACAACUGCCAAGAGUGUGGCAAGGGCUUCCGCACCCAAAGGCAGCUCGCUACCCACACUACAGCCGGCCUGUGCAAAGGCCCACAAGGCCCUGGCGCUCAGAUGGAUUUCGAGUGCGACGGCUGCUGCGAAGGCUUUGCCACAGCUGACGAGCUCGCGGCUCAUGACUGUCCAGCCCAGCACCUGCCUUCAUCGUCCUCCACCAACACCUCGACAACCAUCAGUACCGAGAAGAACUCGGUAGACAUGGACUCUGACGAGAGGCCCUAUGCCUGCGACCUAUGCAGCUGCGCCUACAAACACGCCAGCUCCCUGUUGAACCACAAGCACACCCACAAGACCGGAAACUUCAGGUGCAACUUCUGCGACAAGCCCUAUACCAACUACAUGGCUCUACGCAACCACAUGCGCAUCCACACGCAGCGGAAGAAGCACAUCUGCCACACAUGUGGGAAAGCCUUCCGACUGGCCCGGUUCCUCCGCAACCACCAGAAAGUCCACGAGGAAGGCGCCACCCCGUUUGGCUGCCCCACCUGUGGGAAGAGUUUCCAGGGGAGGUCCGGUCUGGCCAGGCACCGCUGCGGGGACAACCAGGUAGGCAUGGAAGUCAGGAGGAAGGCCACUGCACCCACGGGAGAGGGCGAAGAGUGUCGGUACACAUGUGAUCAGUGCGGCCGUUCCUACCGCCAUGCCAGCUCCCUCCUCAACCACAAGAACACCCAUACUGUCGGCAUCUACCACUGCGCCGUGUGCCUCAAGACCUACUCCAACCUGCUUGCCCUGAAGAACCAUCGCCGUAUCCACUCUGAGACGCGGCGCCACCGAUGCCACGACUGUGGAAAGGCCUUUCGAGUUUCCUCCCAGCUCUACAACCACCGGCGUGUACACCAGAAGCAGCGGGAGCUGACCUGCCGGUCCUGCCAGCGAGCCUUUCCCACGCAGGCUAGCUUCAGGCUCCACAUGGAGAUCACUCAUGGCCAGACACCGCAGCCCCGCCAGCCCAGAACCCAGCAGCCCCGCCCAGGGGGCUCCCAGGACCUGGGCUGGGGGUCAGGCCUGGACCUCACCCUGAUGCAAGAGCAAGGACUCAAUCCCAGCAACGUCGCCAAAGUCCGCGGCCAAGGGAGCAACAGCGAGGUCGUCAAGUCCCAUGUCUGUGACCAGUGCGGUCGCUCGUACCGCCACGCCAGCUCCCUGCUCAACCACAAGAACAGCCACAAGACCGGGACCUACUUCUGCAGCUCAUGCCAGAAGGAGUUCCCCAACCUGAUGUCCCUGAAGAACCACCGGCGCAUCCACACUGAGCCCAAACGCUACCAGUGCCCUGACUGCGGGAAGUCCUUCAGGGUUUCCACUGCGCUCAUCUGUCACCGCCGCAUCCACACCAAGGAGAAGCCGUUCUCCUGCCAGCAGUGCGACAAGCGCUUCUCCUCCAAGUCCAACCUGAGGCACCACAUGAAGGUGCACUGGAGCGGCUCAUCGGCGCCUCCACCCAUGUCCAUGAGAGCGCCCAACUUCCUGGAUCUGAGGCCGGUGGUUUCGAGCAGCAGCUCCAGGAGCUUCGUCUGCGGCCAAUGCGGUCGCUCGUACCGCCACGCCAGCUCCCUGCUCAACCACAAGAACAGCCACAAGACCGGGACCUACUUCUGCAGCUCGUGCCAGAAGGAGUUCCCCAACCUGAUGUCCCUGAAGAACCACCGGCGCAUCCACACUGAGCCCAAACGCUACCAGUGCCCUGACUGCGGGAAGUCCUUCAGGGUUUCCACUGCGCUCAUCUGUCACCGCCGCAUCCACACCAAGGAGAAGCCGUUCUCCUGCCAGCAGUGCGACAAGCGCUUCUCCUCCAAGUCCAACCUGAGGCACCACAUGAAGGUGCACUGGAAGAGCCCGCUGCUGUCCAGAAGCCGGUCUUCAGCCUUCCUUGCCGUCUCCUCCAGACCUUUCUGACCAUCCGGCCUCGCAGUUCUCCUCCGAGCUCGUCCAGUCUGACAGACCCGGACAGCAUCGUCUCCUCCAACAUGUUACGACCCUGCUCAAAAGCCGCAACAUAAAAAAGGCGAUGAAUACCACACCGGACUAGGUGUGGCCAAUUAGCACCAUCUGAGCACAUUGAGGAGAUUAGGGGCUUGCUAGGGGCGUAACAAACAAUAUGACCGUAUAAUUCAACCUCAAUUUAAUCCUUCCGGCUGAAAUCUGAACUAAGAUCCACAUUUAGGAAAGUUUCCCCAAAUCAUUUUGUGAUGUCACAGUUCAGAGGGCGAAUCAGCAGAGAUCCUCACGUACCUGUUAGCUGCCUCGGCUGUUAUCCUUACAUUAAACUAACGGAGAGCUUGGUGCUCAUUGAUUGGCUGGACUAACCGUGUCAGACUUUUGGUUUACAUCUGGUUUCGAUUUUUUCAGUUCCUGUCUGGUGAGAUUAGGGCACCAAAACCUGAUGAGGCUGAGGUUCAGCUUAGAUUAGCUAGACACAGAUGUCCUGUGGUGGAUGGACGACGUGGCUCGGCCAAGCCGUAAAUAUGGUGGUGACGAUGGUAAAUGGCCUGUGUUUGUAUAGCGCUUUACUAGUUCCUAAGGACCUC